AUGCCUUUGCCUCCUUUUGCCCCCAAUCAGUGGCGUGGGCAACGUGGCUCCCCCUGUGUCUAUCGUAUGGCGAACAGCUGGUGCUGCCAAGCCCGUCCUCCCCUCUGCCUCUGCUGCCGCGAUGUACGCCGUUGCCUCACCCCUUCCCCUUGCCUCCUUGUCUUAUCCGCGUCGAUAGUGGUUCUCGCACCGUUGUUUCGGAAGGAGACGGAGAAGUCUGUGUGUAUGUGUGUAUGUGUGUGUGUAUGUGCAUGUCGAGUCGGCGGAGUUGCGAGCAAUGCACUGAAGGGUAGGGAAAGGGUGUGA